AUGCUCGUGUUUGAAAGCUAUGCCCGCCGGAGGAGCGCUCGGCACACACAACCAGGGAACUCUGCAAUUGCGGCGCGCCGCUCGCGGGCGCGUCCGUGUCUGGAGCCGCAGCGGGGCCUCCUCCGUCUCGCGACAGCAGGCUUGGUGUUGAGAACGAGUGCAAGCCACGCAGCAGGUGCGCGCAGCGACAAUGCGGCGACAGCGCUGCGUUGGUUGACGUGUCAAGCGGCGACCUCUCCACUAACCGUCUCUGUCUCCUGCAUCCCCGCUUGCCCUCAAAAGGUGCAAGAAUGGGGCGUCGUUGCCAGCUGGCAUGGAGGCGAUGAAGCGCGAUGCCAGCUUCUCCAGAUCGCCGCCCAUGGCGCCAUACUUCCACGUCUUGCCAGCACGCAGUGGCAGGCCAGCUCCACCCCCAUCCGAACCACAGCCACGCAACCCUGCAACGCUCGGCUGUCUGUAUUUCUUUUCCCGAGGGCGUCGCAUUGCAGCGGUUCGCAUCAGAAGUGUGCGUCGACCUCAAGCAGCGGUGAGAGGUCGCAUGUGAUUGGCCAAGCUACGGCACCAAGAGCUCGCAAACACACACUUGGAUCUAUUUUCCGACAGACCAAAGGCUGUUGCUGUCGUUCCGCCCAUGGCCAACUUGCUAGCCGGAAGAAGACACCUUUGACGUGCGGCUACGUCAUCCUUCUACAGUUACCAGCGAGGCAACUGAAUAGUUGUGGGACUGAGCGGCUGUCAAGAACUCCCUCCCUCUCCAUGACAUAUCCGAAGAUCUUUCCUCUCGCCGAGCAACAAUUUGGGUUAGAGGUGGUGGCGACUGGACUCACUAGCGGUCAAUUCCAUGCUCUUCUAACAUUCAUCGGCGGUGCGGUUGUUACUCGACGUCAAGAUGCACAUGCGGAAUGUUCUGUCGCAUGCCGACGGUGA